GAAGAAUAUCAUCAAACCAAGUAAAUUUCUAUCAUUGGCUCUCUCAUCCCUCUCUCAAAAUUAGGGAUUUAUCUAAAGAGCAUAGCUUCGAAAAAUUGACGACAGCAGAACUUGGAAGUUGAAGAAGCUGCCUUUUACAACAGUUCUUCCGUUAAUUAAUUUAUGGUGGAAGAAGACUAAUCCCCAUAAACGCCAAUUCCAUACUGUAUUAUUGAAGCGUAGGGGUGAGAGAGACGUAAAACAACGAAAACCCAUCUAUUCAAUCUCCUCCACUUCCUUUUGAAUUCAUUGGAAUUUCUUCAAUUUCACAAUUUCAUUGUGCCUUUUUGAAUUCUUCAGAUUUUUUUCAUCUGGGUUUGAUCGAUCGUUCUUGAUUAUCGAAGCUACGUUUAUCAUUUUCAUCGAUGGAGGACAAUCAUCCGUGUUCUCCGACUAAUUCCCAUGCUAUCGGAGCUUCCGAUUAUCCUAAUUCCUGUCUGGGUUCUGUUUCUGACGAUUCCGCUUCUCCUCUGAGAGAUCAACGCUUCGUUGGGCCCUCAGUGUUCUCCGAUUGAAAAAACUGGUAAAUUUAGAGAAAGCGAUUCUGAGUCUGGGGAAAUGCAAAAGUCUUGGGAUCAGAAUAGGGGAAAUUGCUUUUAUUAUGAUUCACCUUUGUUGGAAGAUACUGGAGUAUGGAUACCCAUUUCUGUUCCACCCAUGUCUGAAUCUGAUCACGAAGAGUGGGCCAAAGGUUUUCACUUGAAUGGCGGUUGCUUUCCUGAAGGUGACUCGGGGUGGAGCCAGUGCUUUGAGGGAGAAAAAGAGUUGACAAUGUGGGAUGUUAUGGUUGAAAUGUUGCUUGCGGCUCGUGGAAAAGUAGGUUCGUUGGCUUCGACUAGUAAUGUUGGGUGUAGGUUUUCAUGGAUAUCUAGCCAUAUGGUGGAGCAGGCUUUGAGUGAACUGGCUCAUUCUCUCACUGAAGCUAAUUUUGGUAAUAUAAGAGAAAUUCUUGAAGCAGAGCCACCCAGAUGGUUGUCUGAUAGUGCUGCUUCUUCUUGUAUGUUAUGUGGUGUGAAGUUCCAUCCAAUUAUGUGCUCAAGGCAUCACUGUCGAUUUUGCGGUGGAAUAUUUUGUGGGGAUUGCUCUAAAGGGAGGAGCUUGCUGCCUGUAAAAUUUCGUGUUGCAGAUCCCCAACGAGUGUGCGAUGUAUGUAAUGUGCGGCUUGAAUCUGUGCAACCAUAUUUGAUGGAUAAAGUGAGUAAUGCUGCACAGCUACCAACCCAUGACCUGACGGACCUCAGUACAUUGAGGUCAUGGUUAAACUUCCCUUGGGGACAGUCAAUGGAACAUGAGAUUUAUAAAGCAACGAACACCAUCCGAGCAUAUAAUAAGGUGGGUUCUUUAAAGCCAGAGAAACUAAUUCCAGAUGCGAUUCUAGGACAAGCGAAAGGUCUAGCAAUUAUUACUGCUGUCAAAGUGGGAGCAGUGGUGACUUACAAUGUAGGAACCGGUCUUGUGGUUGCACGUAGAGAAGAUGGCUCAUGGUCUCCUCCAUCUGCAAUUUCAUCUAUUGGUAUGGGCUGGGGAGCUCAGAUUGGAGGAGAACUGACUGACUUUAUAAUCGUCUUGAGGACAAGUGACGCUGUCAAUGCAUUCAGUGGUAAUAUGCAUCUGGCAGUUGGUGCUGGUUUGAGUGCUGCAGUUGGAGUUAUUGGAAGGACUGCUGAAGCCGAUGUACGAGCUGGUGACGGUGGUUUUGGCUCCUGUUAUACAUACAGUUGUAGUAAAGGUGCAUUUGUUGGUUGUUCACUUAAAGGAAGCAUUGUUACGACUAGGACGCAAGAAAAUGCUCGAUUCUAUGGCAAUCAGUCAAUAACCGCCUCUGACAUUCUCCUUGGUUCACUCCCAAGACCACCUGCUGCUGCCAUUCUUUAUCGUGCUCUCACUGAUCUUUAUCAGAAGAUCAAUAAAUGAUCAAUCAAGCUCAGGGUAAACUAAUCUGCUCGAUCCACCUGAUGAGAAAAAUUCUACAGGUUCUUUCAGGUGAAGCAUUUGCCUUAUUAGGUACACAAAAUGUAUAGCUCCUCUUCACCAUCAUUAUUUGUUUCUGUACAUAAACCGUCACCUUUUGUCUUUUAUGCACAGCAUGUACAGAUUAAACCAAAGUAAAACAGAUUUGAAAUGUGAUCUGAUUCUUGGAAGUCGUGUAUUGUAUAAACAUUGGUAUUAUGGAGCGGUUACCACCACUAUCUUAAAGUAUUGCACAAAUGUAAUGGAACUUCUUUCUUGUUUUGA